ACGCUAAUGCAUCACACUAUCAUUCGUGUUCUUUCAAUCCCGUGUGCAUCACAAUUAACAGGGUAAUCAAAUUUAAUAUAUGAAUUUACCAAUGGUAUUAAGUAUUAACAUACAUAAUUUUCAGGGUAAAAGAACACAAUCUCCCCAAUUAAUUUUCAGGUUUCUUUUGCCACAUUGAUUGUUCAAAGGCGGUUCUCAUCUUUCUAGUAAUGAACAACUUCAAAAAGUAGGGUGCAAUGGAUGAAAAAGGAAAACCAAACACACAGAGUUUGGUGUAAUGGUCAUGUCUCCUUUUUCACCAUAACCAGCCUUCAUCUUCAAAGUGUGGGGGUGUUAGUCUGUUAGAAAGUGACGAAAUGUGCACCUUGUCUCAAGAAAGUAAUUUUUGAUUUGUGCUCUUAAAAGCUUUAUCUUUACCCUUAAGCCAACAACAAAGAACACUCUUAGCACUAUCUCUGAGGUGAGGAGCUGCAAAGCAUCAAGCUGAGGUCAAUUUGGACAUCAACUCAAGAUUGGGACUUUUACACUCCACCACAUUCCAUGGAAGAGCCACCCCCACAAAACCCAUCAAAGAAAUGCAAGUUCUUCCUCGUUUCAACACUCAAAGAUGCCUUCUCCAUCUGUCGAUCUUGCGGCGGCCACAUAAGCCCCCUCAAGCAGCAGCAGGAUGAGGAUUAUGUUCCCAACACAACAACUGAACUGAAAGAUAAUGAACAGGAAGUUGUCGUGUCAGCAAUCAGGAGCAGAGCGAUGGAGAAGUCGAAGCAGAAGGUGUUUGUGAUCACAGAUAGCAUUUUAGGGGAACUGUUCUUUAGUGCUGAGAGGCAGGAGGGUGGAGAAGUUGAAAAAGAGGAAGAUUUCUACUCAGCUGGGAGCUGUCUUUCACGUUGUUCAAGCAGUUUGAGCAAGGGGGGCGAAGAGUUCUUCUCAGUGAAGACAAACUUGUCGAGGUGUUCGAGCUUGAGUCAGGUAGAGUUCCCAAGUUUUCACAGGCGUGGUUCGAUAUUGCAGGAGCUCUGCCACUGCGAAGGGUGGCCAUUUGGUCUUUGCAGGAAGGCUGUUUUGCUCCCACCUUUGCCUAAGUCUCCCUCUGAGUCCUGGCUAUGGCAGAAAGGUACUAGAUCAGCCAGGCGGCCUUGAGUUCUUGCAGCUUGCAACAAAGACGAAAAACUUAGAAACAACUUUAGAAUAAGAUAGACUGCUGCGGAAGGAUGCGAGGUUUAUUGUUCUGUCAUGUUCUCAUGUAUAUUCCCAUGUAUCAGAUUCUAGAUUGGAAAUCAAAAGUUCAGUCCUUAAUCCAUCAAAGAAUUCACAGUCAGCCUGAGUCCAUAUACAAGCAUCCUUCUGAACAUUGUUUCUGUAAGAACAUCAAUUUUCUCCUUCAUUAAGAUAGUUUUCUAUGAUCUCCCAAAGGGAGGGGGAAACUUAUGGACUCUCCAUUGGACUACUGAUCCUUUCUUUUUCAUUAUUUUUAACAUCGAUCCUUUUUCAACUUAGAUGAUAUUAGGUUUACACAAACACAAGGAAAGAAAUUUGCGGGCCUUAUUUGCUUGAAGAAAUCUUGAUACGAUCCUGGAAUCGAUCAAAUUUUAUCCAGGAUUAAUCGUUAAAGAGGCCAAGUCGAAUUGCAAAGAAGCUGAAAAUUGUCCAAGUCACUUUCCGUGUUCAAGCAGCCGACUUUGGAGGCACGUUUCUCUUAAUUGGCUCAAUGAAAAUUCAAGUUUAAU